UCAGAAACGCGCGCGAUUGCGCGGGAAACGUUCGCGGGAAAAAAAACAAAUCCAGUAAUGAGUUUCAAUUAAAAAGGUUUUAUGUGUUGAGGAAACUGUUUAAACUUGUAUUGUUUUGUAAGAAUUUACGUGUCUUCAACAGUAACCGGGUAUAGGAAACAAUGAAAGAUAAUGCAGAAGAGUUCGGAGAAGUAUCAGUCAGGAAGGUCGUGGAAAAGCUCAACCAGCGUGCGCCGAAGAAUUUGGACAAACUGAACCUAGAUCCAGUCAACCAUUACAUCGGGGCGUUGGGUCCAACUCACUCUUUGAUGGACAAAAUUACGUUCGAGAGUGAAAGAGUGAAGGGGAGUCAGAGCGAGUCAUCGUCUAGACGAAACAGUGAUGAUGGCGGAAGAGCAAAAAGAGAAAGACUUCGUGAAGAUGGCACCAGUUCUGAACCACCCACAGCCAGUGUGACCCACAAGGCCUGGGACGACCUCACCAGUUCGACUUCCACCACCAGGACCGAGCUGAGUGUCUCUGAUGGCGCUGAAGAUCAGGUGAGAAGUCGUCGAAGGAGUCAGGAAUCUGCUCUUCCUAAUACUCCACUUCAGCGUCCUGCGUGGAGGUCAGCAGAUAGCUUGGCACCAGAUUCGGCCUUCGGCACAUCCUUAGCGGACAUUAUGGAGAGCCCAAACAACAAGAGCCCGUUUGCGGAAUCAACAGGAAAUCAGAUAUAUCUUCGUGACGAUAUCAUAUCCCGGGACAGUUCGGAGGAGAGGCGAGCCAAGCUCAACUGGAAGCUGGUGAGGAAUGUCACUUCAGCCGCUGGAGCCUUCAAUAAGAACGCUCUGCCUGGCUCAGCGCUGCCCACCUUCCAGUCGAAACCUGGCAGUAAUCAUUCUAAUUACAACAAACAGAAAAGAAAAGAGUCAAUGCCAAACACGAAGAAUGAGAAAGUGGAAGAUAUUGGCGAAACCAGCCCUGAGGGUCUAGAUCCUGAUUCCCUGAUGUUCCGGGACGGGAGGCGCCGUAUUGACAUGGUGCUGGCCUACGAGGAAGAAGACUACGGAGUCAUGACGGAGGCCGAGGCGAAGAGGAGAGACAGCAGGAGGACGUUCCAGGAGAAUCUGGUGAAGGAAGGGCUGGAAUUGGAGCUCGAGAACAAAUGCCUGUCCUUCGACGGCAAGACCUGGUUCCUGAAGAUACACAUCCCCUGGAAGACGGAAAUGAGACUGGCGGAAGUCAUCGGCAUGAAGUUCCCCACCAAACGAUUUAUAACCAUAUCCGUUAGAGCGUGGGGAAACGACGUCCAAGCGCAGAGAGAGAAGCGGUGGCAUACAAAAUGGCGGAGAAAAUGGAAGGAGCUGUAUGAAUAUGAGCCGACCAGAAUAGAGCCUGAACCCUCCUUCUACAGCGCCACGGACAAACCAGGGGUCAGGAGAGAAGAACAAUUCUUAGUAAAAGACAGACACACCAUGUUUUCUCCGGCCCAGCGCAGUCUCAUGGUGAUGCAGAUUCUGUUGAGAGCCAAAUACGAUAAUAAUGAUACUAAGAUGGGUAUCCGUCGCCUGCUGAACGACGGCACGUACCUGGCGUGUUUCCCGCUGCACGAGGGCCGCUACGACCAGGACAACGAGGACAAGACACAGACGGACAGACGGCUUCUGUAUCUAGAAUGGGCUCGUCCCUGCAAAUGGUACAAAAAGCAGCCCCUUUGGCUGGUCAGAAGAUACUUCGGGGAGAAGAUAGCGUUGUACUUCUGUUGGCUGGGAUUUUACACUAAAAUGUUGUACGCGCCCGCCAUAGUCGGCACUCUCUGCUUCCUGUACGGACUGGCCAGCAUGAACUCGCAGGACAACAUACCCAGUAAAGAGAUCUGCGACGCGUCCGGUCCUGGCAACACCACGCUGUGUCCCCUCUGCGACAAGGCCUGCCAGUACCAGCUGCUCUCGGACUCGUGCCUGUUCGCCAAGCUGACGUACCUCUUCGACAACCCGGCGACCGUGUUCUUCGCUAUCUUCAUGUCUUUCUGGGCAACAACAUUCCUUGAACUGUGGAAACGAAAGCAAUCAGUGUUAAGAUGGGAGUGGGAUCUGGGAGGAGUGGACCAAGACGAGGACCCUCGACCUGAAUUCGAGACCUCGGUGAAAACGUUUCGUACCAACCCGGUGACGAGGGAGAAGGAACCUUACUUACCCACCUGGCAGAAGACCAUGAGAUACGUCGCCACCAGCUCGGCUGUACUCUUCAUGAUAACCAUAGUGAUGGGUGCUGUCCUGGGCACCAUUAUAUAUAGGAUAUCUAUGGUCUCUGUCAUCUACGGCGGCAGCGGAUUCUUCUUAAAGAAACACGCCAAGAUCUUCACCGCCAUGACGGCCGCCCUGAUCAAUUUGACAAUGAUCAUGAUUCUAACGCGCAUAUACGCCAAAGUCGCCGUUUACUUGACCAACGUCGAAAACCCGAGGACGCAGACCGAGUACGAGGACUCCUACACCUUCAAGAUAUUCUUCUUCGAGUUCAUCAACUUCUAUUCGUCGCUCAUAUACAUAGCCUUCUUCAAGGGUCGUUUCUUCGACUACCCCGGCGACGACCAGGCCAGGAAGUCGGAGUUCUUCAAGCUGAAGGGCGACAUCUGCGACCCGGCCGGCUGCCUGUCCGAGCUGUGCAUACAGCUGGCCAUCAUCAUGAUCGGCAAGCAGUGCUUCAAUAACUUCGUGGAGCUUGGAUACCCUAAGUUGCACAACUGGUGGCGUCUCCGAUCUCAUCGUGCUGUGACCCGGGACCCUAGCCGCGCGCACAUGGCCUGGGAACAAGACUACCACCUACAGGACCCGGGACGCCUCGCGCUCUUCGAUGAAUAUCUCGAGAUGAUCCUCCAGUACGGGUUCGUGACGCUGUUCGUGGCGGCCUUCCCCCUGGCGCCGCUGUUCGCGUUACUCAACAACGUGGCCGAGAUACGUUUGGACGCUUACAAGAUGGUGACGCAGGCGAGGAGGCCGCUCGCCGAGAGGGUCGAGGACAUAGGGGCUUGGUACGGCAUCUUGCGAGGCAUCACGUACGCCGCGGUGGUGUCCAACGUGAGUAUGAUAAUCGCUAAAGCAACCAAUACACGUCAGUACAUGUCCGUGUACAUGUUCCAGGCGUUCGUGAUAGCCUACACGAGCGACUUCAUACCCCGCAUGGUCUACAAGUACGUCUAUUCUCCCGACAAAACGUUAGCCGGCUACAUAGACCACUCUCUGUCCUUGUUCAACACGUCUGACUAUCGAGCCGACUGGGGCGCCGACAGCGAAACCGACCCGCCGCUCUGUUCCUACCGAGGUUACCGCAACCCCCCAGAACACAGCGACCCCUACGGCCUGUCGCCGCACUACUGGCACGUGUUCGCAGCUAGGCUGGCCUUCGUAGUGGUGUUCGAGCACGUGGUGUUCGGUCUGACGGGUCUGAUGCAGCUGUUCAUCCCGGACGUGCCCACCGAGCUGCGCAUACAGAUACAGAGAGAGGCUCUGCUGGCCAAGGAGGCCAAGUACGAGCACGGGCGGAGGAGGCUCUCCACCGAGUACAGGCAGCUCAUCACACACACCGACGACGAGCGGGCCUCAGGGCCGUAUCAGCGGCGGACCUCGCGGGUGUCGGACGGCCUCGACGCUCACGUGGCCGUCACACAGAGACCUUCAUCUCCCAGGAUCACUCACUGACGUCACAACGAGAUAACAACUCAGAACUGAUCUGCAACUAUUACAUGAGACAGAACUAUACGAAAAACGAUAUUAUAGGUAGUAAAAAUUAAUUGUACGUGGAGGCAAUCCGCGCGGAAUGAAGUUGUAAUGAAAACAGGAAGAGGUAGAAAUUGAUUUUUAAGGAUUUUUCAGUGUUUCUUUAAGACAAACUUUAUUAACGUUACUUACAAGUCACUAUUAAUAUCCUGCGUGCAUUCCGUCUCGCUCUGUCUCUCCCCCCUCCUUCCCAUAGCGUUAAACGUUUAACGCUACCAUGUUGGAAGUCGCAUAAGAAGUUUCACUUCAAUAAAAUCUUGAAGCUGUAGGUAUAUGAGAGAAUAUCACGUGAAUUUUAAAUAUUUUUUUUUAAAACAAACAAAAAAAAACUCUUUAUUCAAAACUGUUUUAGAACGAAUCUCGAUAUUUGACAUCAAGCUGUCAAAACAAUACAAACGAUCCCUGUCAUGUGAUAUUAAUGGUAGUUGUCAAAAUUAGUAGACAUUUUUCAAAGAAACAAUGAACUGAGAUUGCAACUCGCUGUGUGUUUGAGAAUAUAAAACAUGUUUGUUUGUGGAUAUGUAAAUAUAAGCUAUCCUCGAAACUAUUAAAAAGUAAGCUUAUUUAUUUGGAUAUUUAUUGCUAAGUAAGUUUGUGAGUUAGUGAUUAUUUAAAGUACGUGACCAGUCUUCGACGACACAUAAAUUACUUCAACAAUAAAAGUCAUAGUAUAUAAUUAUAUAUUUUUAAAAUCGUCAGUAUCAAUACUCAGAAACUAAGCAGGUCUGUAACUUGACGAAUAAAAUAAAUUAUUGGAAUGAAAAAAAUUUAAAAAUUUACAUUCUAUCAAAAAGUGUCAAAGUCAGAAUUUGGCGGCAUUUUUAUUAUAGGUAUUAAUUCUGUAAUAUAUUUGUGACAUUGUCAAGUUUUGUACAAACACGUACUCAAGAUGUGAAAUACUCAAUAAAUAA